AGAGAUCCAGGAUAAAUAUAAUGUAAAAAUCAGUUUUUUGUUGGAAAAGCAGACCUUUGAGUUGAGAGGAAUGGUCCAUGAUAAGCUUGAUGAAGCACGCAAGGAAGUACAAAGGAUACUGCUCGACCAAGGCCCAUCCGUAAAACAAAUCUCCAUGAUUCCACCACUUCGAAAACGAAUCGACAUCCUCGAAGAAAUCCCACCUAUGAACCUCCGCCCAUUAAACGAAGCCGAAUUCGAAAAAUGCCAAUUUGAGGAAGACACUGAAGAACUAGAGAAAUCAUUUUUUAUCGAUGAUCGUGUUACCGAUAUACAUGAUUUUUUGGGGGUAAAGAAUGAGGCGAAUCAGAAUUCGGAUUAUUGGCGGGAGAUAUGUAAGGAUUGUGGGGUGUUACGUCCUUUAUUCAAAACACAAACAAUCCCACUCGUUCAUUACCCAAACCAAAAUGUGGAUUUCAAGUUACUCUUUUAUCCACUAAAACAACACGCGUACUUUAAAGACAAAUUUGGCGCGGUCAAAGUAAAGGAACCAUAUAUUCUGAUAGCGGUACGAAAAAAUGCAGCAGGUGAAUAUAAUGAAUUGCCGAAUGAGCUUGAUAUUAGAGUUCUUCCUCAAAAUAAAGUCCCGGCGAUUUCGAAAUCGUCUGUGCAGUCCAAUAUAAAGAAUGCUAUGCCUCAGAGUCCAGUUAAAAAGGAACAGCAAACACAAGUAAAAACCGGAACCAGUUCAGCACCUGAAUUUUCAAGCUCUAACUUCCCAGAUCUCUUGGCUAAUAAAACGGUUCCACCUAAUAAUACUCAACGUCCUAUUUCUUAUAGGGAACAGUCGCUGGAAAGACCAUCAAACACUCAACAAAACUCUGUAAAUGACGAUUUCAAACAUCCAAAUUUCUCACAAUUACAAGAUCGCGAAGAAAUACAACAAUCAUCAAGAUCAAAUGAACCCAAUAAUCGACCGCUAAAGACAGAGGAAGAAAAACAAGCGCGUAAAGAAGCAAAGAAAGCAAGAAUCGCUAAAAUGAAAUAUGAACAUACUCAAGAAGCGUUAAAUAAUGCCAACAGCAACAACAAAAACAUUGUUGAAAAUAUUAUUUCUCCUAGCAGUAAUACAAGAGUUCUGGUGGAAAACGAGGUGGAAAAGAAGUCGAACGAGGAAACCGAAUUAAAACCUAAGAUUAAGAAAAUUGUCAUGGAAAAGAGUCCAGAUACUAGUGGACCUUUUGAUUAUCAACAAAUUACCUUUGGAAAAAGGGUGCGCAACUAUAAUUUUGAACAAAUGAAAAAAGUAUUUACUGAGGCAUUCGAUUAUGCGCGGUCACAUAAAGGAGAAAUUCGAUUUCAUGGAAGCGUCGGCAAAGUGGUCUUCUCGAAAGUGACGCCUCAAAUCAGUCCAGAGUUAUGGGAAUUUACAGAUCUAAAGGAUAUCUUAGUUAGGGAAUUAGGUGUAUUACCAGCAUUCACCGAUUCGGUAACAGAAGAUUCACGCUUGAUACAAUUGCUUUAUGAAAACUUAUCUGUGGAACCUUCAACAAAGACGGCGUUCUUUGAAAUCAACGCGAAUUCACGCAACAAUCCACACGGUGACUAUAUUCCCGUUACUAUGUUUGUUAAUUGCAAUUACGUUGCGUUGGGUAAAGUUACGCUGCGUUGGAAGCAUCUUGCUGAUGUUGAUUGGAGCGUUUUAGACAGGAAAUUUGACUUCCAAAUGUCUUUAAAGGCACGUAAAUCUAUCCGACACGACGUAAAACCAUUCACCACCUUCAUGAAGAAAACUUCAGUCCAUCCCGCAAGCAGAAUGAUCACUUUUGAAAACAUCCCCGAAUUCCUGAAAGUUACGUCGAUUUCUUUCAAACAGGUCAACAAGUUUAAAAUACAUUAUCCUUUCAUUGUGGAAGUGACUCGUGUCGAGGAAAUCCCCAUUAAGCAACAAAUGAAGUCUAAUAAAUGGCAAGGAGGGACUGGUCGUGGAAAACCCUAUUACACUGUAGAGGUUAUCAAUGAUUCAAUACGCGAAAAAGUUAAGAGCAAUAUGGACCUUGGCGCUGGUAAAUUGGGAAACUGGACAGUUGAGGAUAUACUAGGUGAAGAACCGGGAAUGACAAAUCUGGUCGAGUUGACAAAGACUAUGUUGAUGUUGAUCGAACGGUGUCAUAUAGUUGCGGAGCGUAGGGCCAAGGAAGAAGCUAAUAAAGCGAAAAAGUAA